AGCAACGUGCAUCAGUUCCUCUUUGACCCCAGAGUUAAUCUGCAUUCAGACUGGGCACCAAUGUAUUUGUCAAUUGCUGGAUUUUAUAUUAUUCGGGGGCUUCAGUGCCCAUUUAGUUUAAUUGGAUGAUAAAAUCUGAAAGUCGUUUUUGUCAGUAAUAGCGAUAUUGUGUCAUUUUCCUCAGUACCACCGCAGGUCUACAUUUUCCAAAGCGAAUGCUAACGGGACCCGCUAUGCUAUGUGCGUAUCGUAGGGAGGAUACAGAGUAAAUAGAGAGACACGUCCGUCUGCAAUAAAGAAGAAAAGAAGAUGGUGAUCACUGCUUCUCUAAAUUUAGCAUAUAUAUGCUCGACAGUGAUGGCGAAGCCUUCGUUCCCUGUUAAACUCUUUCUUUGGGUGUUUUUACUCGCCAAUCUCCCUACAAGCUCCUUCCAAACCGAAAACGAUGACGACGAGGUGGCGAACAAAACGUGGGUGUUGACUCCUAAAGUGUACGAGAGUGACGUCACCCACAUCCUAAACAGCCUACUGGACGGCUACGACAACAAACUGCGGCCAGACAUAGGCGUCAAACCGACAGUGAUCCACACAGACAUGUUUGUGAACAGCAUUGGGCCUGUAAAUGCCAUCAACAUGGAGUACACCAUUGACAUCUUCUUUGCGCAGACCUGGUAUGACCGGAGGUUGAAGUUCAACAGCACCAUGAAGGUGCUGCGCCUCAACAGCAACAUGGUGGGAAAGAUCUGGAUCCCAGACACGUUCUUCCGCAAUUCCAAGAAAGCAGACGCCCACUGGAUCACCACACCCAACCGCAUGCUGCGCAUCUGGAACGACGGACGGAUAUUGUACACACUGAGGUUGACUAUUGAUGCAGAGUGCCAGCUUAAACUGAACAACUUUCCAAUGGAUGAGCACUCCUGUCCCCUGGAGUUUUCAAGCUACGGCUAUCCCAAGGAGGAGAUCAUCUACAAGUGGAAGAGGAGCUCUGUGGAGGUCGGGGACAUCCGCUCCUGGAGGCUCUACCAGUUCUCCUUCGUCGGCCUGAGGAACACAUCUGAGGUUGUGAGGACCGUGUCAGGAGACUACGUGGUGCUGACGGUGUUCUUUGACCUGAGCAGGAGGAUGGGCUACUUCACCAUCCAGACCUACAUCCCCUGCACCCUCAUUGUUGUCCUCUCCUGGGUCUCCUUCUGGAUCAACAAGGACGCCGUGCCCGCUAGGACUUCCUUAGGCAUCACCACGGUGCUGACCAUGACCACCCUCAGUACCAUUGCCAGGAAGUCCCUGCCGAAGGUGUCCUACGUAACCGCCAUGGAUCUCUUUGUCUCCGUGUGUUUCAUCUUCGUCUUCGCCGCCCUGAUAGAGUACGGCACGCUGCAUUACUUUGUGAGCAACAGGAAGCCCAGCAAAAACAAGGACAAGAAGAAGAAAAACCCGCUCCUCCGGCUCUUUUCCUCAAAGCAGACCCCGACGGUGGACAUCCGUCCUCGCUCGGCCACGGCCAUCCAGAUGAACAACGCCACGCACAUGCAGGAGGGCGACGAGGAGUACGGCUACGAAUGCCUGGACGGCAAGGACUGCACCAGCUUCUUCUGCUGUUUCGAGGACUGCCGUUCCGGGGCAUGGCGACACGGGCGGUUGCACAUCCGCGUGGCCAAGAUAGACUCGUACGCACGCAUCUUCUUCCCCACCGCGUUCGGUCUCUUCAACCUGGUAUACUGGGUCUCCUAUCUCUAUCUUUAGGUCCAGGGGUGUAGCCAGCCUUAGAACAUACCAUACAUACACUUUGCUCCAGCAAGACAGUUCAUGAGAAAGGGGGGGGGCCCACUGAGUUUUUGUCCGUUCUUUCUUUGAUUUUUGAUAUCAUCGUUUAGUUACUAUGUUUUCUCUGAAUCAUCUGUUCCUGGGGAUGAAGCAAAAGUUGUAGCAAAACCAACCAAGGCAUGAUGGGGUCUGGAGUUUGAUAGUGUAAAACAUAAUUCUGCUUGGGGUAAGCAAGACUCUGAGUUCAGUUUUUCUGCAUGACUGUAGUUCCCAGAUUCCUUAUGCAUUGUCAUGGUUUCUUCAAUUCACCAAGAUAUUAUAAUUUGUCCACUUCGAACCUUCAUUGCUUAGGUUUUGUUUUUGUAUUACAUUUUUUGCAUGGAAAGUGACUUCAUUCCUAAAGCUCUGAAAACAGGUGUUUUCUGAGGAUGCGUGUGCUGAUUGGAUGAGAAAUGGUCACUUCCGGAUUUUUCUUUAUCUUUUGUUCCCAUAUUUGACAGUACUAGUUAUUGCUCUCAAUUCUAAUUUAUGGCUGUAUUAUGUUAACCCAUUACAAACCAGGAUAGAACAUGACAAAAAAUCGAAUGCACUUUAACAGAUAUAUUUUAAACAGUAAAUAUGAUUUUUGACGUUUACUCAUUAAGUUUGCUUCAACUAUAUGAUUAGCACACUUAAAAAUAAUUAUAUUUCACGUGUGGUCAGAGAGAUGGAAAGUUUGGUUUAUGUUUAAUGGUCAACUGUACAAACGUUGUAUAUAUUUUACUAUUAUGUAGUGGUUUAUAUUUAUUGCAUGCACCAUUCAGGCCAAAAAUUGACCAAUGUGUUAAGGUCUUCUACCGUUGGCUAUGGAUACAAAAUGAGCACUGUUGGUCAUGACUCCAGAUUAAAUUGUAAAUUUUUUAGGGAAAGUAGAAAAUGAGAUGAUCCAAAUGCUCUCAGCUUUUGUCUUAUAAAGUUGAGCAUUAUCUCUACAUAUGUAUGUGAGAUGAUAGUUCCCACACUUUUACAUAGUUUCAUUUUAAUGAAUAUUAUGAUCUAAUAGACUGCACUGAGAACAUCAGAUUUUUUUUAAACCAUCUUGCUAUAUUGGCAACCAUCUCCACAAGGCACAACAGAUGUUCAGAUUUUUAGUACUGAUGGCAUGGGGAAAAUACCAACAUUGUUUUUUGUUUGUUUGUAACAGCUAUCCGUCCCCCUGUUUAAUUUGAUCAAAGGGAUUUUUUUUAUCAAAUAGAUUAGUAAAACAUAAUUGCUUGUUUCUCUCACCUAACCUAUUUGCCCCCAGUAGAAGAGGACACACAGUCCAGUCGUUAUAUCGAUGCCUAUAUAAUUUAGGCUUUCGUGGAUGUCAAAUGUAACCCAGGAUCAAUUAGACCGUCAUGGUCAUCCUUACAUCAUCAAAAAACGGCAACCUUUUCACACACUUCCUUUCUCCCGCGUUAGUAAUCCAUCUACAACAGGAAUAUUGAUGCACUCGGCCUCGUCAGUGAGAUGAAAGCAUCUGCUUGUAACCAGACCAGAUGCACAAGCCUUACUUCUUAGAGAAUCACUGUGGAAACGGAAGUGAUCUGAUCAGGAAAGGGGUCCAGGCUCCAAGUUUAAGAAUCUUGCUUUGCAUUUGAUAUGCAUCAUUGCAAUAUAGUUAUAUCUUCAACAAUUUGAAUGUCAACGUAAAGUACAGUGCAGACCAAACUACAGCCUCCUACUCAAAACGUAAUUAAGGAGAUGUAAAACAUGCACCAAGACUAUAUUAUGUACAUAUAUCACAAAUGAAAAGCAGCAGGUAUACAUUUCAUGAUAGUUUAAGACACAUAAUGGUCAAUAAUUAUAAUUUCACAUUUCAUGUGGGAUAUUGUUUGUUUUUCUAAUAAGUAUUUCCCUGGUUAGGAGGAUCCUAAGAACAAGAGAUGGAGAAUGUCUUGUGUGAGCAAACUGAUAAACACUUUUGUUCAACGUGUAGUGAGUAUGUUUAUCUUGUUAAUCUUGUGUUUACUAUGUUGUGGUCUACAUACAGUAGUAUCUUAUGGCCUAUUCAACUCGUUGAUUGAAUGAAUGGCUACAAAAGUAGGUAGCAGAAAGUACCUGCAAAGCCUUUAGUGACACAUUACUUUCAGAGAUCCUACUGUGAUGUUAAGCUAGCUGUACCUGAGACACUGAACAGAUCGGCUCAUCUGAGUGAAUUUGCCAUCCUCAAUGCAUCUGGUGUUUCUUAUAGGGUUGAAAGAGUGAGGCCAGCAACCUGAAAUGUGCCAGGCCAUGGUCAGUGUUGACAGUGAGUCAUAUUCAGGUCUCUUAGCUCUGUGAGCUGCAGUACCUUAGCUAAAGCUCAUUUCCUAUGUUGUAUUCAGUUGUACUCUUAAUUGUAUUCUAUUUAUGGCUUAUGUCGAAAAGCUGUCGCUCGGUACCUAGUCUUGUCUUAAGUGUGUAUGUAUUUAUAUUACAUGUAUUUUGUAUUCAUUUAGGUAUUUAUUUAUUUGUUAAUUUAUUCUUUUCUAGAACCUUGGGAAAUACAUGGGUCGAUAGUUUAUUGGUUUGCAUUACUGUAUAGUAGUGUAGGAGAAUGUACGGUGUGGAAAAUAACUUUAAGUGCCAAACUUAACACACGUUUGAAUACAGCAUAUCCUUUUGGAGACAAGUUAGGUGUUCUUUAUGUAUUUCUAUUUAAUUUAUUGUUUGGGUGGUGAUGGAAGUUAAUAGAGGAAAGGUACUUUGUGAGCAUACAGUCUCCAACUAUUCAAGCACUCAUCACACAGAUAAAUCAUCUGAAUAUAUAUGUAACAUGCAGAUAAAUAUCAAAGCACAGGUUCACUACCUUAACCAGUGAAGAAUGAAUAGGCAUAUCCAUAGGCAUAUCUAAGUAUCAUUAUGUGUUUUGUCGAGCACAGUAUGGUGAUUAAACUAAAUUUUAACUUGGUUUAUAAAGCCCCAACAACAACCAGUCAUCCAAGCUAGAACGCCCAUUCAGUAUUAUUGAUUGUGUUGGAUUUACAUCAGAUUUACAUUAUUAAUGUCUCUUUACCUGGUUUUCAUGAAGAUGCAAACAUUGUAUAUUCCCUAGAAUUGAAACAUACAUGUCAUGUCACACGACACACAUGUCACACACACGUCAUACGUGAUGGCCUACUGAUAGAACCUAGAGCUCACAGAGAGUUCUGGAACGUUAGGAUGGUGUUGGUAAUCCCAAUGUCUUGGUUUGAUUUUUAUUAAUUUUACUUGGUCCCUGCUUUUGCCCAUAGCUGCAUCUUGUGCACUUCAUCCAGUUUUAGAUUUCAUUAUUUUACUUGGAGGGAAAUACAAAAUAAGUACUAUGUGAAGAGCACAUGUAAAUAAUUUCUAUUGUUAUAUAUUUUGUCAGGCUGGAGAAAAAAGACAAUAUAUCACACCGUCAUUGCAGUACUGGGUAACAGGCAUCCAAAAGAAAAAUACAUCCAAUCUGAACUCCAUUAUAAUGUUAAUUGUUUGCCAUCUAUGUAUAUUUCUUGAGUAUUGUACAAAAGGGACACUGUUAGGGUCUGCAUAAUAUACUAUAUGUACUGAAAAAAUAUCCUUUUCAUGAGGGAAUUGCACACAGCUGUGGAAUUUUACAAUAAAAUGAUUGCAUUCA